AUGGGCAAGCUUGGCGUGUCUCCGGCUCCUACACCACUUGAUGAGGACUACCAGCUCAAGCGAAAGGGGGAGAGCAUUCGGGCGAAAGAAGGCCGACCGAGGGAACCCAUAGACGAGCCGUUCCCGGACGUCACGCGUUAUCGCCAGCUUGUAGGUAAGCUGAUAUAUCUUACCAUCACACGACCUGACAUAUGUUAUGCUGUGAAUCAGGUUAGUCAACACAUGAAGGCUCCAACCAAGUAUCAAUGGAGCAUGGUCGAGAGGAUUCUCAGCUAUCUCAAGGGCAGUCCGGGUCAAGGCAUCUGGAUGGGCAAGAAUGAUAACACUGAGAUAGUGGGCUACUGUGAUGCGGACUACAAUGGAGAUACCUUGGAUAGGAGGUCAACCACUAGAUACUGCACUUUCAUUGGUGGAAAUCUAGUUACAUGGAAGUCAAAGAAGCAAAAGGUGGUAUCUUGUUCAAGCGCUGAGGCCGAGUAUCGAGCGAUGAGGAAGCUAACAAACGAGUUGACUUGGUUAAAGGAGCUGCUCAAGGAUCUUGUUAUUGACUCAAAGCAGCCGAUCACUAUGCAUUGUGACAAUGAGGCUGCAAUUCACAUAGCCACCAAUUCUGUUUUCCAUGAGAGAACCAAGCACAUUGAAAGCGAUUGCCACAAGGUUCGGGAGAAGAUUGAAGAAGGUGUGGUAUUACCGUGUCAUACUCGGAGUCAAGAUCAGCUGGCGGACAUAUUCACCAAGUCCGCAAGUCCUAAGGUGUGUGACUAUAUUCAUAACAAACUUGGGCUUGUAGACAUCACAAGGCCUUGA